UGUAGCAGACACAUUGCAGUCGCAAACGCUUGCACUCACAUCGACUUGCUCUCUGCAUCAGAACCAACAAAUCACAGACUCGCGCAGUUCAAGAAUACAGAGCAAAACAAGGCAUUGAUUGAUGGCAAUAAGCGACAUCAGUGGGGACUCAACCGCACGGUUAUAUGAAGGUUCUUCGUGCCUGUAGGUGAUGGUUUCCUACUUUGAGGGCAGGGAUUCCCUGGACCGUUUGCAAAAGUAAAAACAAAAGAAGCAGUGGGGAGAGAAACGAGGGGCGAGGAUGCUACCCAAAAUCCCUCCCUGAGGAACCUGAGAGGAUGUAGAGGGAAAGGGACCCCUGGAGAGGGCAGCAGUUCUCUUGGAUGGACAUAAGAAGGAAUUUGGAAAUAAAAAAGUUCACUCCGAGAUGAAAUGGAUUGGAAGCCACUUGCUACUGGAAGCACCUUUGCAAAUAAAAGAUGAUUUGAAUAAAACAAGCUUUCACUGGAUUCUGACUUUAAUAAUGCUGUGAAAUAAAAGAGAAUUUUGGAUGAAACAGGAAACAAUGAAAAUCAAGAAAAAAACAACCCAGACAUAACCAAUUCCAUUUAACCGAGGUUCACUAAGGAUUAUGGAAACGGGGCAGUGACUCAUGGCGAAGAAAAGAACGGCAAGGCAGUGAGGAUGUGACUGUCAGUAAGUCAUCCAUUUGACCACAGAUCAAAUUCACAUCAUUAGGAUUUUCGGCGAUUCACUAUGAGGAACAAAUCGACCCUUAGCACACCUGAAUAUUUUCACAGUGUUUCCCUCUGGAUUUUGAUCUGAAGCAAUGAUGGGACUAGCUGGGCAGUUUGUCUAUAAAAGAACCGAAAGGAUUGGAAACCAUUUUAAAUCUUAAUGAAACAGACACAACAGGUCUGUGGACAACCUGGUUACCAUGCCACGCACAGAACCAGGGAGUCCAUCUAGAGGAACCAAUCUGUUGCAAGAACAGGAGAGCUUGAAAUGGAUCCAACCUAGGAGAUAUCCUGCUUCAUCUAUCCCUGUCAGCACAACAAGUGUCCGCCCCUGUCCCAUGCUACAGUCAACAAUUUUCUGGCUGGGUCUCCUCAGCUCCAUACUGCUGCGGAGUGGACAAGGUGUGUUGGCAGGGGAGACAUGGGGCAUGGUGUCCAUCUGCCCCAUCCAUUGCGUGUGUCGGAACUUAUCAGAGUCUCUGAGCACACUGUGUGUGAAUAAAGGUCUUCUUUUUGUGCCACCAAACAUUGAUCGCCGCACUGUGGAGCUGCGUCUUGCUGACAACUACAUCCUGGAAGUGGGAGGUGCAGACUUUGCCAAUAUGACAGGACUAGUUGACCUGACAUUGUCACGCAACACCAUACAUGCUCUGAAACCACUGGCCUUUGUUGAUCUGGAGAGUUUGCGUUCGCUUCACCUGGACACCAACCGUCUCACAGUGGUGGGGCCUCAGGAUCUGACAGGUCUUAUUAACCUUCAGCAUCUCAUCAUCAACAACAAUCAGCUCACAGAUGUUUCGGAGGACGCUUUUGAUGACUUCCUGCUAACUCUGGAGGAUCUGGAUCUUUCCUACAAUAACCUUCGCAGGGUUCCUUGGGAAUCUAUUCAGAAUAUGGCUAGCCUGCACACCUUAAAUCUAGAUCACAAUCUAAUAGACCAGAUUGCUGAGGGUUCUUUCAGUGAGCUCUAUAAACUGUCCCGACUGGAUAUGACCUCGAACAGACUGCAGACUCUUCCUCCUGAUCCACUGUUUUCCAGAUCCCAGAUUGGGGUUGUCAGUCCAACACCGUACAAUUCAAUCAUCAGCCUUAACUUUGGGGGGAAUCCGCUGCACUGCAACUGUGAGCUGUUGUGGCUACGACGACUGACUCGGGAAGAUGACAUGGAGACGUGUGCCACACCUACUCAUCUGGCGGGUCGAUACUUCUGGUCCAUUCCAGAGGAAGAGUUCACAUGUGAGCCUCCACUGAUCACCCGUAAUACCAACAAGCUGUGGGUGUUGGAGGGCCAAAGAGCCACACUUAAAUGUCGAGCCAUUGGUGACCCUGAGCCAGUCAUUCAUUGGGUGUCACCAGAUGACCGUAUUGUGGCCAACUCUAGUCGCAUUCGCUCAUACUAUAAUGGCACACUGGAUUUUUUGGUGACCCGUGCUAGAGAUGAUGGCACCUAUACAUGCAUUGCCAUCAAUGCUGCAGGGGAAUCCACAGCUCUGGUAGACUUGAAGAUCAUCCCUCUUCCUCAUAGAGGGAAUGGUACAAUAACUCUCAUCAACCACAGAGACCCUGGAUCCUCUGAUAUUAGUAGUGGCCGUGGAGGGGUUGAAGGGGCAGGGACUGGUGCAGUGACUGUACGGAAUGCCACUGGAGGCAAGGGAGAUACUGGAGAAAGAGGAAGUGGAAGCAGUAAUGGAGGAACAGAAACCCUGGUAGGAGUUCUAGGUGUGACAUCCAAUUCAGCACAGAUUCGCUGGAAAAUGGGUCGAUCUUCAAUGCCUUUCUUAGUGUGGAUGUAUCAGAUCCAGUACAACAGCACAGCUGAUGACGCACUUAUUUACAGAAUUCUGCCUCCAACCAAUAAUAGUUUCCUGCUGAAAAACUUGGUGUCAGGAGCAGACUACAGCCUGUGCGUCUUGGCCAUAUUCGAUGAUGGCAUCUCCUCCUUGGCUACUACAAAGGUACUGGGCUGCAUCCAGUUCAGCACUAAAGAGGAUUAUGCAGAAUGUCGUUCUCUGCACGCUCACUUCCUGGGCGGCACGUUGACAGUGAUGGUGGGUGGCGUGGUGGUAGUAACCCUUCUGGUCUUCACUGUGGCCAUGAUGGUGCGCCAUCGCGUCUGCGGAGAGUGUCGGGACGAUGCCAACAGGCCGGGCAAGUUCUUUCCAGCCAAAGGGGUGGAUGUUUACGCCCAGACGAACGGAAACAACAGUAUGAUGAUGGUGGCGUUGCCAAAUGGACUCUUGGCCCAAAGAACAAAUGACAAACACAAGCCCAGCUCUCUCCCGAAACCUAAACAGAGCCCGGAGCCACACCAUGGCACACGCGAUAGGGGAGACGGGGUAGUGAGGGAAAAAUGUUUUAGUCCUCUCACACCAGAAAGUGAGAGAUUGACACUCUAUUACUCCCCAAGUAACACACUGCCAAUGCCGACACAAAAGCGAGCAGGUAGGCUCAAGUUGAGGAAGUCUCUGGAGAAAGACAGAGACGUGGACAGACAAGUCUUGGCCUCGCUUGCAUUGGCACAAGAUGGAGAUGACGGAAGGGAAGGAGGCUCAGACGUGAAGCAAGCACUCAAGACCAAGCGUAGCUGCUCUUUUGACGUGGGUGAAAUCACCACCACCACGUGUUACAGCUACGCCAAGCGUCUGAGCGUCAUCUGGACCCGACGUAGCCAGUCCCUACAUGGCAUGCUUGUCCACUGUGCCUCCACCACCAGCACGUCCAGCACGGGUAGCAGCGAGCAGUACGGACACGGCCUAACGCAGAACUAUCUACAUGCCUUUGCUUCCAACAACUUCUCCAACUCCAACUCCAACUCAACUUCAAACUCAAACAGUAGCAUGACCGUCAAUCCAAGAGACCUGGAGGAAAGUGUGGUGUAGAUAGUGAAAAAAAGACUCCACAUUUGUGGGGGGUGACAUUUAGGAAAGGCUGAUACGAACAAAUGAGGUAACUAUAAAAAUUUGAUGAAAACAAAUUAUCAGGGGAGGACAGGAUUGAUGAGAAUAAUGCUCCUGACACAAAGGAUUGGCUAUUAUUUGAUGACCGCCAUUAUUUCGAAACUACAACAAGGCUCAAAAUCAAAUUAUGUGAAGACAAAGAAUGACAAGUAGGAUUUGAAGAAAUAUGAAUU